GAGAAAGACUGCGAGAGACACUCCGAGAGAGAGAGCGCGCAUCGAAGGGCUUUGGGUUCCUUGGCUUGAGCAACUUGCUUUUUCCCCCUUUUCCUCGGAAGAUUUGUGGAUAAGAGCCGCGUGGGUUUUUUUGAUUCCUUUCAUUUUUCCUCCUCUCUUUUGGACCAUUAUGACUCUGGAGGAAAUCCACAGCCAGGAAGCGAUGCCGGAGACUAGCGACAGCACCGCUAGCAGUGCCUCCACCAGCAGCAGGAUGCAAAGUGCUGGCAAAGCUCUUCAGGAGCUCCUGAUCUCUUCUCACCGCCGGGGUUGCCUCACCGCCGGCGUCUACGAAUCUGCUAAACUGAUGAAUGUUGACCCUGAUACUGUGGCCUUCUGUGUGCUUGCUGCUGACGAGGAGGACGAGGGAGACAUUGCUCUCCAGAUCCACUUCACCCUCAUCCAGGCAUUCUGUUGCGAGAAUGACAUUGACAUUGUGAGAGUCAACGACAUCCAGAAGUUGGCAGUGAUUGUGGGUGCCGCCAGCGAGGAGUCUGGGGAACCCCGGGACCUGCAUUGCAUCCUCGUCACGAACCCCAGUGAGGAUGCCUGGAAGGACCCUUCCUUGGACAAGCUGAACUUGUUUUGUGAGGAGAGUCGAAAUGUCAACGACUGGGUGCCCAAUAUCACCCUGCCUGAGUGAUGGUGAUGAUGCAGAAGCAAUCCUAAUGCAUGAGGAGAGGUUGAAACCUUUUGUUGCAUUACUCAUCCAGGGAGUUGCACAUCUCGGCAACCCAGCGAGUGGCUGAUUUCUGGAGAUUAGCCUGGUCAACAGCUUGGAUUAAGGCGUUCAGAACAGCACGCGGUGGGCUCUUGUGGAGAAAGGAGAAGCGAUGGAGGAAGGGGAGUGGCGGGUGCCUGGCGUCCCCCCCACAGUGCUGCAGCCCUGGAGAAGCUGGUGUGUCAGUGGAGCUGAAGAAGAACUGCAAUUUUUUCUGACUUAAAGGAAUGGAAGAAAGAAAAGACAGUUGCAGGUUUCUAGGUCAGGUGGAACACUUAUGUUACGAAAGCAAUGGAGAAAGUUGGAAAACUGGACACAGAUGUUAUGGGAAGAUAUGGACAUGGAAAGGUUGAUGGGGGAGAUUCAUAGUCCCCAGGAGACUGGAAGCUUUACAAGACUUUGGUAUCCUUGUAUUUCUACAAAGACUGUGAUGCAGACUGAUCUAUAUUGGAGGCCUUUGGACUGUAGUCUGCCUUGAUCACUGAUUUUGCAAUAAUUCUUUUUAUUUGAAAUUCUUGCUGCUAUUGAAGAUCUUAUACAUUUUUAUAAUAAAUUUUGACAACUAA